CUUUUGUCGCAUGUUUGGUGACGUUUUACAACCGACUCGAAAGGUCUCCGAUGCUGAGGCCUAGUUACCGAGUUUUGUUCCUCGGACUAUUUGUGUUUUUUUUUUACAUGUCCAUUUAUUUACACCCGUUUUGAACGGGUCUUUUCCUUAUGACGUUUUUUGCCAGAGAAAAACAGCGGGGAUUUCGGCGCAGUCGCUUUGCGUUGAAAGUGAAUAAAAUCUGACUUGAGAAUCCGGAGAGAGGAAACAAGGCUGAGGAGGAAGAAGAUGACAUCUCGGAGGUGGUUUCAUCCCAACAUCACUGGUGUGGAGGCUGAGAACCUUCUCCUGACGCGUGGCGUGGAUGGAAGCUUUCUGGCCCGACCGAGCAAAAGCAACCCUGGAGAUUUCACCCUCUCUGUCAGGCGAAAUGGAGCAGUCACCCACAUUAAGAUCCAGAACACGGGGGAUUACUACGACCUGUACGGAGGAGAGAAAUUUGCCACCUUGGCUGAACUGGUGCAGUUUUACAUGGAGCAUCACGGGCAGCUAAAGGAGAAGAACGGCGAUGUGAUCGAGCUGAAGUACCCGCUGAAUUGCGCUGACCCGACGUCAGAGAGGUGGUUUCAUGGUCAUCUUUCGGGCCGUGAAGCCGAGAAGCUGCUGACAGAGAAGGGCAAGAACGGCAGCUUCCUGGUCCGAGAGAGCCAGAGUCAUCCUGGGGACUUUGUUCUCUCCGUACGAACCGGCGAUGACAAAACGGACAGCACCGACGGCAAACCCAAAGUCACCCAUGUCAUGAUUCGUUGCCAGUCUGAUAUGAAGUAUGAUGUUGGUGGAGGGGAGAAGUUUGACUCCCUGACAGACCUGGUGGAACACUACAAGAAAAACCCCAUGGUGGAAACACUUGGCACCGUGCUUCAGCUCAAACAGCCUCUCAACACGACACGCAUUAACGCAGCUGAGAUCGAGAGCAGAGUGCGGGAGCUCAGCAAACCGGCCGAGGCCACCGAUAAGGUCAAACAGGGAUUCUGGGAAGAGUUUGAGACGCUUCAACAGCAGGAGUGCAAGCUGCUGUACAGUCGCAAAGAGGGCCAGCGCGCCGAGAACAAGAACAAGAACAGAUACAAAAACAUCCUUCCAUUCGACCACACGCGAGUCAUCCUCAACGACGGCGACACAAACGAGCCGGGCUCCGAUUACAUCAACGCUAACAUUAUCAUGCCAGAGUUGGAGUCGAAGUGCAACAACGCCAGAUUAAAGAAAAGCUACAUCGCCACACAGGGCUGUCUGCAGAACACAAUAAGUGACUUCUGGAGGAUGGUGUUUCAGGAAAACUCUCGAGUCAUUGUUAUGACUACUAAAGAGGUCGAGAGGAGCAAGAGUAAGUGUGUGAAGUACUGGCCGGACGUUUCGGCGCUAAAGGAAUACGGUGCCAUGCGCGUGCGCAACGUCAAGGAGACGUCAGCGCACGAUUACAUCCUGCGAGAGCUGAAGCUUUCCAAAGUCGGACAGGGAAACACAGAGCGCACUGUAUGGCAGUACCAUUUCCGUGCCUGGCCCGAUCAUGGUGUGCCCACCGAUCCCGGCGGUGUGCUGGACUUCCUGGAGGAGGUCAAACUAAAGCAAGAGGGCAUUCUAGAGGCUGGGCCUAUUGUGGUGCACUGCAGUGCCGGGAUUGGACGCACUGGGACCUUUAUUGUGAUUGACAUCUUAAUAGACAUCAUCAGAGAGAAAGGAGUGGACUGUGACAUUGACGUGCCCAAGACGAUCCAGAUGGUGCGAUCACAGCGCUCAGGAAUGGUGCAGACCGAAGCCCAGUACCGCUUCAUCUACAUGGCAGUUCAGCAUUACAUAGAGACCCUGCAGCGCCGCAUAGAGGAGGAGCAGAAAAGCAAAAUCAAAGGACGAGAGUACACCAACAUUAAGUACUCGCUGACUGAUCUGAGCGGAGGGGACCAGAGCCCGCUUCCUCCCUGCACCCCUACGCCAACCUGUGCCGAUAUGCGGGAGGACAGCUCCAGAGUGUAUGAGAAUGUGGGACUGAUGCAGCAGCAGAAGAGCCACAGAUGAGACUCUGACUUACAGGAUUGUCUGACUCACAGCAACCAUCUUUCCUUAUCGCCAGCCGCACCUGAAAGCCUGAAACGUGAUCAUCGCUACCCGGAAAGACGAAAAUAAAAAUGUAUGAAAAGGAAUUUUAAGAAAAAAGAAAACGGAGACCAGUAUGUGAGGGAGAGAUGUGGAUGGAGUAAAAUUCAUUUCUCCUCCCUGCAAAGCAGCCUUUUUUUUUUUUUUUUUCUUUUUCUUUUUCUUUUUUUCUUCUCACCCCUCCCCCAUGCUAAGAAACCACUGUGAACAUCGUGAAGCCUUACUCGUGAGGAUAGAGAGAGAGAGAGGGAGUGAGAGAGAGAGCGCAAGAGCCCCUGCGUAAAUGAACUGAUCCGCUGUGGAGUUCUCUGCAAUCCAUUCAGGCUGCAAUUAGCAAAAUGUAGAAACGAGCUUUUGCUGUCUUGUUUUUCUGUCUUUUUUUUUUUUUUUUUUUCUUUUUUGCUCAAUUUUCUUUCUAUUACCAAAGCAAGAUUAUAUUAGACUUAUUCUGAGUUUUGGUGUUUUGUAAUGACAUGAAGUGGCAUGUGCUCAAAACACACAGCCUUAACUAGUCACUUAUAGUAUAUUUGUUCUCUUAUAUAUACACACACACACACACACACACACACGCACAUCAAAAGUAUAGCUGUGUCCUACAUUCAGUGUACAAGGUUUUAAGGGAGAAAAAGGAGGGAAAGCCGACUUUUGGGAGACUUCAUCCAAAAUCUCAUUCAUCCCUCAACCUACAGAUUUCUAGGAUCGGAUAUUUUUAAACAGCCCCAUCCUCGUUAUGUAAAUGUUUCUUUCUUUCUUUUCCUUCUUUUCUUUUUCUUCUCGUCCUCCUUUUCCUUUCUUUCUAAGACAACGUGCCUUUUUUUGAAUACAUAUGUAUGAGCACCAUAAGAACUUAUUUUCUGAGUCCUUGAUGAAAAGAGGACCAAAGGGAGGUCUUGUUUAAUCUUUUUUUUUUUUUGAUGAUGGGAAUGUUUAAAUCUGGUCAUCUGCUUACAGUAUAUUCAUGUGGGAAGGUUUUUUUUUUUUAUAUAUAUAUAUAUAUAUA